AUGUAUCCUUCAUAUUCACUUAUAUUUAGCUGUAUAUGGCUUGCCCGAGUUAAUGCCAACUUCCAAGACUUGCCAGACAAGGCGGUCUUCGAUGCGCUGUUCAACAAGUACGACAAACGGAUUCGACCCGCCGAACAGCCUGCAAAUGCAGUCUCUCUGAGAAUUGGUGUUCAACUCAGCAAGAUAAUCAAAGUGGACAGCAAAGCACAAGAACUUACAACUAAUCUCAGGAUCUACCAGGAAUGGAAAGAUCCAAACUUGAAAUGGAACAAGAGUAUAGCGCAAGGCGUGGAGGAGAUCUUUGUUGAUCCCAGUGACAUCUGGACACCCGAUAUCGCGCUAAUGAACAAGUAAGUAAUAGCCAGGCUCGAUAUGACAUCAGGGACUGGGACGCCGAGUGCAUGGAAACGAGGUUCUUUGGUAACUCAUUUACCGGCUGGUUUGGCGUUUUUACAAAGUUUCAUGAGCGCAGCGUGUUAUGGAGGACUGAACGCCUCUUUUGUGAGAAAAGCUCAUCUGUCUGAGGCCAC